AUGACAAAACCCAAGAUAGCAGCUUCUAGGAAAUCUUUCCGAAGGGAAGCCAAUUCAUCGGAGUGCAACGGCCUCAGGUUUCUCGGAGAAGAUUUGAGAGCCAAGUGCGCCAAGCUCGGUGGACAGAUCGAUGGCCAUGGUUUAACAACCAGGGUGGGUCGAGCAUUUAAAAUGAUGACCCUGGACACAGAAACCCAAAACAGGCAGGUCAAGCAGCACAUGAAAUACCAAAGGACACUGGCUUUGUGGCAAAGGAGCAAUGAGGAAGAUGAAACCGGCCACAACCUAAGUCACACACACGAGACGCAAAACAGUGUCUAA